AUGCCUGCUUCACAGCGUCCGUUUGUCCUCUUGAAUGUUGAACUUGGAUUCGAUAUUUUGUCUAUUUUUGAUGAUUCCCUUGGCCGACAGUACCGCGAGGCAUGUUACAGAAUGGUUAUGGCCCAGGUCAUCAUGAUCUGGUCGGUCGGUACCGGUGGACUGGAUACCGAUGGACACACUUCCGACCAUUAUCUUGGAGCUCAUCGAUACCCGUCGCCAGACACUGGCGGACACGCCAUGCUCUGUCUUCCACUUGGUCGAUCCCUCCAGCACAUCGUAGGGGCCCUCCUCUCUAUGAUUGAGCAGGUUACGGGGUUCGCCCAGUAG